AUGUCGGACUUAGUUGUUGGGCAGACAGUACGACUGUCAGAUGGCCGAACCGGCACGGUGCGCUUCGUUGGCAGCACCCAUUUCGCCAGCGGCGAUUGGGUGGGCAUCGAGCUUGAGGACGACAGCGGGAAGAACGAUGGCAGCGUUCAGGGUGAGCGGUACUUCGACUGUUCCAUGGGAUAUGGCAUGUUCGUGCGACCAACAACGUUGGCAAUUAUUGCCCAGGCCCCAGCGACGGCGGCGAAGCCAGCUCGGAGGCCCAGCCGGCCAAGUAGUUUCAAUCCGGGCGCUGGACGGUCCACGACGGACUCCGGGUUGACUAAAAGGAUGAGCCUCAAUGCUCCAAGCCCAACUCCGGGGCCUAAGACGCCUCGGCCAUCAAGUAUCUUGAGGGUAUCACCUACUAAAUCGCCCACAAAACAGUUAGGAUCGGCCACCUCAAGCAGCGUACCAUCACGAACCACAACUCCAUCCAACACCCGCACAUCAGCUGUCGGAGCUAAGACGCGACCGGCUGUUGGAAGCUCCCGAACAUCCAUGGGACCCCCGCCGAUACCUACCUCCCGAGCGACAAGGCAGCCAUCAACAUCCUCAGCGCCAGCACGACCAACGACUACAAGACCGACGAGCGGUCGACUCUCAAUGACUGGACGGACCCCCUCUGCCAGACGAACUUCUGCGGACUUGGGAGGCGGGAGAGCUGCGGAAAGUGGUGACGAUGCUACCUCACCAUCCAAGGAUAAUGGCGAGAGUAGCCCUGUACAGGCCCGAACCAAAGCUCUCGAGAAGCUCACGGCGGGCUCUUCAGGACCUGCGAGUACAACCAAUAGACCAGCAACGACAAAUACCGCCCGUUCUACAACAAAUGCUGCCGCUGCUAAUAAGGAAAUAGAGGACCUCAAGGCCAAAUUGAAGGUUCUCGAACGAAAGAGACUAGAAGAUAGAGAGAAGUUGAAGCAAUUGGAAAAUAUCCAAGGCGAGAGGGACAGAUUUGAGUCUAUCAUACAAAAGCUGCAAGCCAAGUACCAGCCGCAGCAGAACGAAAAUAACGAGCUAAGGAAGCAGCUGAAGGAGGCAGAAUCCCGGUUCGAAUCAAUCGAGGCCAUGCAGAUGGAGCACGAGACAGCUUUGGAACUGGCAACACUAGACCGAGAGAUGGCCGAGGAGACCGCCGAGGUUCUUAAAGUUGAGCUUGAGGCUCUGAAACAAAAGUCAGAAGAGUUGGAGCUUGAAGUAGAGAUUCUCCGCGAGGAGAAUGCUGAGUUCGGCCAGGGUAUGACGGCGGAAGAGCGAGCCAGUACCGGUUGGUUGCAAAUGGAAAGGACCAAUGAGCGACUUCGUGAAGCUCUGCUGCGACUUCGGGACUUGACGCAACAGCAAGAGGAGGAGCUUAAGGAUCAUAUCAAGACUCUAGAGGACGACCUGCAAGAGUUUGGGGUCGUGAAGGAGCAGUUUGAGGCGGCCAAAGACAAGCUUGCCCAAUCUGAGACGGCUGUCGAGGACCUUCGGCAGCAGUUAGACAAUGCGCUUGGUGCUGAGGAUAUGAUCGAGGACCUUACCGAGCGCAAUAUGAGCAUGUCGGAGCAGAUUGAAGAACUCAAGGCCGUCAUUGAGGACCUCGAAAACCUGAAGGAGGUCAACGACGAACUUGAAAUCAACCAUGUGCAGAAUGAAAAGGAGAUGCAGGAGGAACUGGACUUCAAAGACAGCGUCAUUGCAGAGCAAGCUCGGCGAGCAGGCGAACAGGAGGAGGCUUUGGAAGAUAUGGAGUAUACGUUGUCUCGAUUCAGGGGUCUGGUGACAGCUUUACAAAGCGACUUGGAGGAUAUGCGGGCAUCGCAUGCUGUCACCGAGACGGAAUCUGAACAGCUCAACAGCAAGUCUAGAGCCAUGAUGGAUCUCAACAUGAAGCUGCAAAUCUCUGCAUCCAAGGCCCAGGUCAAGACCAUUGACCUCGAGCUUCGCAGGUUAGAAGCCCAGGAAGCCGAGCAGCACCUCGAGAUUGUCAAGCUCUUCCUGCCUGACACUUACAAGGAAGAUCAAGACUCCGUCCUUGCCCUAUUACGAUUCAAAAGAUUGGCAUUCAAGGCAGAGCUCCUUCAAGGUUUCAUCAAGGAGCGUGUCAAUGGCCAACCGCACCCAGGCCAAGAGGAUGACAUCUUUGCAGCUUGCGAUACGAUUGAUAAGCUUACAUGGGUUGCUUCUAUGUGUGAACGUUUCACGGCUGCCAUCAGCCACUGCUCAAUCGAGCAGUUCCAGCGUUACCAGAAUGCUCUGUUUGAGCUGGAGCCCGUGGAACGCGCCCUCAAUGGGUGGAUUGAUGGGUUGCGCCGUGAUGAGCUCAAGGAGAAGAAGUGCGCGGACGAGUUGCAACGUACCAUCGCACUCAUGUCUCAUCUCGCUGAGGUCCAUCUUACCAACGACCUGCCUGACUUCGCCGAGGAUAUUUAUAUGCAAACGCUCGUGAUGCAAAGUCACUUGGAGUCGGCUGCUUUCACAUUUGCCACAACACGAAGCAUGGUCCAGAGAGUUGUGCCCGCCGAGUCUGACGAGGAUGAGAUGGCUCAGCACUUCAACAAGAAGUCGGAGCUGGUUGUCAGCCAGACCCGCAGCACCAAGGUCAUUGCUGGCAAGGCUGUCAGAGCUCUUCAAGACCUUAAGGCUAGGUCCCUGGCGCUGCCACAGGAGACCAAAGAGUCCUUCGAGCAAUGCCUGGAUGCCACCCGCCAACUCACCGCCUUGGCCCGUGAAAUCGGUUCGGACCUUCACCUGCUUCUGCACGAAGAGGGUCGGACUGAGCCUUACACCUACCGCGAGAUACAGGACACGAUUGCGAAGUCCACCGUCAAGGCUGCAUCGUCGAGCGAGUCCGAUUUGUUUUCAACCUAUCUUUCUAGACUGCGCACCCUCACAAGCCAGAUUUCCGACCUGGCUGCCCUUAGCUCGGAUCUGGGCCAAACCCAGGAGUUUGAUGUCAGCCCUGCACCAUGGAAGCUGCGUUCUCAGGAGCUUAAGGCCACCAAGACGAUCCCCAUUGACGCCGAGGAGGAAAUGCGCCGCCUUAAGGAGGAGCACAAUGAAGCGCGCAGAGCCAUCGCGCAGCGCGAGGAGACACUUAGCACAGCCAACCUCAAGAUUGAGACCCUCGAAUCGCGCAUGAAGGAUGCUAACGCUAAGGCUUCUCGCAUCGAAGACCUUGAGGCCCAGAUUGAGGCUGCAAAGCAGCAGGCUGCCAGCCUUCAGGAGGACAUUGACAAGCAGGAUCGCGAGCUUAAGACUUUGGAGACUGACCGUGACAAAUGGAAGAAGAUUGCAGGCGACAGCAAGGCAUUCGCCGACGGUGCUGGUGCUGCGGGUGCCAAGGCAGGUCAGGAACGGGCGGUGGCCACCGCCCGCGAAAUGGACGCUCUGAAGAGCGAUAUCGCCAGCCUGCAGGCCGCUGUACGCUACCUCCGCGAGGACAACAGACGUGCCAGAACAACGGAGCAGCACAACUACGACUGGCUUGCCGAGCCGCUAAGUAAGCCUGCAUCCAUAGUCGAGCAACGUCGUGCGCUCGUCGUGGCGGAGGGCAAAGACGUACUAGGCGAGCUGGUUAAGUUCACGACCUCUGCAAGGGUAUACGACCUGAGUAAUCUCCCCGAGGACAAGCUGGCGUGGAAGCCAGCACGCAGCACGCCUCAGUAUCACGCGGCCAAGCAGAGGGAGGAUCUCGCGGCGUGGAAGAGUUGGCGGGAUUCGGUGCUGAAGAAGUCAGAAGUGGUCCUCGGCCGCAAGGAUGCCACGGCAGCCGCGGAGAAGAAGCAGAUGAUGAGAAACGUGGCAGCCAGGCUGCAGAUCCGCCUGCCGGGCGCGGAUGGCAAGAUGCUGCCCGGCGGCGGGCGGGACGUGCAGAUUGUGGGAUCGCGCGAAUGGGAGGGAUUACAGGGCCGAUUGGCGGCAGUAUGA